ACACACCGCCGGUUCUCGCUGCUCAGCGCGAGCCACUUAGAUAUGUGUUUACGUGUUAACUAACAUGAGGCGUCUGGUACAGAGAUAGACUUUUAAACGGAAACGUGUCCGUACGUCGUGUUUCUUCACCGGACAGCCCCCCUUUUCUGCCUGGCGUCUGUUUGAGCUGAAAGCCUGCCGCGGAGCGGUUGUCACACAGGCCGCGAAUCGGGUCUUGUUGCUGGGAGGAGACCGUCCAGACUCGCCUCCCCUGCUAGCAUUAUUAGCUGGCUACGAUGCGCCGCUGCGGCUGGGGUAUUUUCCACACAGCAGGCCACUGUAAAGCGAGGCAGGUCCUUGGAUAAUUGUUUAUCCCGACGGAACUGAAGGGUGACUUGGAGACACACCACACCUUUCAAGGAUGGAUGUUGAUUUGUGUGCUGGCGGGGACAGUACCAGAAGAAAAGUGGAUUUGGCUGGGGCUGCAGAAGGCACAAUGGAAGUCGUACCAUUGGAGAUGUACGACUCGGCCAGAGCAAAGAUAGCUGCCAACCUGCGGUGGCUCUUUGCCAAAGCCUAUGGCAUCGACCAUAUUCCAGAGGACCUAAGGGACCCGUUUUACACAGACCAGUACGAGCAGGAGCACAUCAAGCCGCCUGUCAUCCGCCUGCUGCUGUCCUGCGAGCUCUACUGCCGUGUCUGCGCCCUCAUCCUCAAGACGGAGCAGGCGGCGUCUCUUCAGUCGCACCUCUCUGUCAUCCAGGCUUUGUCCAGGAAGGGCAUAUAUGUCGUGGAAAGUGACGAUACACCCGUCACAGAUGAGGACCUGGCCUGUGUGCCCAUCAAAAUGAGUGCUCACAUGCCCAUGAUCGAUGCCCUGAUGAUGGCUUACACAGUGGAGAUGAUCAGCAUCGAGAAAGUGGUAGCUUCUGUCAAGCGCUUUUCUACCUUCAGUGCCUCCAAGGAGCUACCCUUCGACCUGGAGGAUGCCAUGGUCUUCUGGAUAAACAAGGUGAACACGAAGAUGAGGGAAAUUACAGAAAGGGAGCACAAAGUCAAGCACCACCCCCUGGAGUCCCCCAGCCACCAAAAGUCUCCCUCCAAAUGGUAUUGGAAGCUAGUCCCUGUACGAUAUCGUCGGGAGCACGCCUCAGGCCGACAGCUGCCCUUUUUCCCUCUGCUGGAAGACCUCAUGAGGGAUGUUUGUGACGGAGCUGCACUGCUCACUGUGGUCAACUACUACUGCCCAGAUCUUAUGAAGCUGGAGGAUAUUUGCCUGAAGGAAGUCCCCUCCAUUGCUGAUAGCCUCUACAACAUCCAGCUACUCAAAGAGUUUGCCAACGAGUAUCUGAAUAAAAGUUUUUAUCUGACAACGGAGGACAUGCUCUACUCACCACUUGUGCUCAAGCACAAUGUGAUGGUGUUCAUCGCUGAACUCUUCUGGUGGUUUGAGACCGUGAAGCCAGAGUUUGUCCAGCCCAGAGGUCUCCAAGAGUUCAAAGAUGCUCGAGCCAUUGCUCAGCCCAAGAGUGCCCGCCCAUCAGUGCCUAUCUCCAACGCCACCAAGCGCAGCUUCCUGGCCAGCCCUGGUGUAGCUGAUAACCAGAGCAGCCCUGAAGUCUGUAACAGGUACUUCCUGCACCCUGAAGACUCUGACCCCCUUAAAGGGGGUCCAACCUUCAGUCCUUCCCACCCGCUCCUGCCCCUCCGACAGAGGCAACAAAAGCAGCAAGGAGAUGAUGGUGCAGGUAUCAGAAACCGCUCCAACUCCCUGACUCAGGUGGACGGACAACCCCGAGGCUCCGUCGUUGCAUGGCCUGAUAAAAGGCAGAGACCGCUGUCCACGCUGAGCCCCUACGUGUUUCAUUCAGCCACAGACAGUGAUGCAGACAUUGCUUCUGGCGACAGUGUGAGUCUGGCUCGCUCCAUAAGUAAGGACAGCCUGGCGUCCAACAUCACCAACAUCACACCCAAACAUCAGACUGCUGUCCACCAGCCUUCACAGGCUGCAAUGCGCAGAGUCAACGGCCACAGCCUCCUGGGCAAUGUCAACAUUGAGGACGAGGAAGAAACUCUGGCAGCAGUUGCAAGGACUGAUGGUUCCGUCAUCCCCAAACGGGUUGAUGGGACACAAGCAACUGCCACAGUGGCACCCAAACCUUCCACUGAGUCCAAACCUGCACCAGAUAGCUUUUACCUAGAACCACUGAUGCCUGCCGUUAUCAAAACGGCUAAAGAGAAGUCUGUAUGCCUAAACAAGGAAGAGGAGAGUGGUGAAGGGCCCCACUCUUCAGGAAGAGGCUCUCUACGUCGAGGAGAUGGAUCUACGUCAGCCGUUCGAAGGAAAGCUCCCUGUGGCCUGAACCAAACCUUUACUCCUCCGGGUGAGGGGGCAGACAUGUCAGCUGAGCCUCCACAGGCUCAGGCAGGGCUCAGGCCCGUUGUUACCAGCAGUGUGGACUCCUCGUCCAGAGAGCCAGCUGGGGGUUUCUACCUACAUUCAGAUUCUGAAGAACCAAAGUCUGGCCCAGGUCAGGACGCUGAGCUUGAAGACCUGGAUGAGGAAGAAGAGGAUCUGGAUGAAGCCGUCACCACUAAAGACCCAAGCUGGCCCAGGAAAGCCUUUAAUGAGGACGAUGAAGAAGAAGAAUCAGCCAAACUCCAAGAGGACAUGAAUGUGAAAGAGCAUGAGGACAAAGACAUGAAUGGUGGCAGUGGACGCUCCAGUCCCUGCCUUAGCGGUCACUCCCAGGCCAGCAGUAUGGCCAGUGGCAGUGUGCGCAUGACCUCCUUCGCUGAGCGCAAAGCUCAGCAGCAGCGCUUCGGCAGCAACCAUGACCUACGCUCCAGUGCCUCCAGCUCCCAAAGGACCACUCCAGAUGGAUCAGAGAGCAGUGGGCCUCUGGCUUCUUCCUGGAGGCUGAAGAGAGACCAGAGCCCCUCCUCACCCUUGGGUGGUUGCGCUCGUGCAGGCGAUGGCAGCGGUGGCUCUAAUGUAUUGGCCUCUGAAAUCGUCCAGCUGCGCAUGCAGUUGGAGGAGAAACGCCGCGCCAUUGAGCACCAGAAGAAGAAGAUGGAAGUACUGUCGGCAAGGCAGAGGCAGAAGCUGGGAAAGGCAGCUUUCCUGAACAUCGUUAAGAAAGGUGGAGGCAAGAGUGACACAUUGCCCAACCCGCUUAAAGCUGACAUCUCUAAAGACGAACUCGGUGGGGAGAAAGCACCAUCAAGUAAAGAUGAUAUGUGUGUUGAUGCACUAAGAGGGGACAAAGUGGUGGAAGGAACCACCCCGCCAGGUGCCUUAGAAGCAGACAAGAAAGGGAACAAUGGGAGUUUCUAUCUCGAUGAAGAGUUGGACCUGAACGAGUGCAGCCGCUCCAUUGAUCUGUUGAACGAAGCUAUUGGCAGCAUCCAGCAACAGAUGAUGCAGCUCUCACUGCAGCAGGAGAUGUUGAUGAAACAGAAUGUACAGUCCCCCCCUGGUGCCGCUCCACCUCCUGGUGUCACAAGUGACAAAAAUGGUGACUCAAAGGCGGGGGGAAGUUUUCACUUUGUGGAGCAUGUCUCUGGCAGCAGCACGGCUCCCACCAGGAAACCCCCCAAGCUGAGCUCAGGCCGGAGCUCCAGGUCCAAGCCAUCAGAGCUUAAGAUAGCCAAGGAGCAGAGCCGGCAUGCCUCCAGGACCCUCACCCCCACCCAUGGUGGAUCAGAGACAUUACCACACCCAAGGCAGUCAGCUGGGGGCAGGUCCCCCAGGACCGACCAGCCCGACAGCCCCAGAAACCCCACAGCAGCAGAGACAAUCGACAGGCCGGGCGCUGGCCAUGCUCGCAGUGCCAGCUACCGCUUACACGACGAGGCGAACAUUCGCCUGCCGACCCGAGUGGACCUGAAGGCAGUGGCUGCCCAAGAAGUGUCCUUUGACGAGUGCCUGUCCAGCACCCAGAAAGAGUCUGAGCUCAACUCUUCAGACGGUUCAGGGAAAGAGAACAUACCAUCAGACGAGGUGCAGCGCAACAAAUCACACCUGAUUGAGGUGGAUCUGUCAGACCUGAAAGCCCCCGAGGAAGAGGAGUCUGCUGAGAACACAACGACAGAAGGAGGUGAUGGAGAGCAGAAGUCAGUCAUGGGGUUCUUCUUCAAGGAUGAGCAGAAAGCAGAGGAUGAGCUUGCAAAGAAGAGAGCCGCGUUCUUGCUGAAGCAGCAGAAGAAAGCUGAGGAGGCUCGACUCCGUAAACAACAAUUAGAAGCAGAGUCAGAGCUGAAACGAGACGAAGCCAGGCGGAAGGCUGAGGAGGACCGCCUGCGUAAAGAAGAGGAGAAGACACGGCGGGAGCUGAUAAAACAGGAGUACCUGCGGAGGAAGCAGCAGGAGAUGUUCGAGGAACAAGGCCUCGUGAAGCCCAAAACCCCCAAACCCAAGCAGAAACACAGACCCAAGUCCGUCUUCAGAGAGGAAUCCUCCAGCGAUAAUUUCUCCAAGUGCUCUUCCACACCUGACAACCUGAGUAACGCUCAAUCAGGCUCCAGUCUGUCCCUGGCCUCUGCUGCGACCAACGAGGCCGACAGCGUCAACUCUGGAGGGGCUGGCUCCCAGCGCUGUGACUCUGUGGAGUCGUUUCCAGGCAGCCGUAACAACAGUCGAACUGCAGAGAGAGACUGGGACAACGGCUCCACUGCAUCUUCCAUCACGUCCAUGGCUGAAUAUACUGGUCCCAAACUCUUCAAGGAGCCCAGUGCCAAGUCAAAUAAGCCAAUCAUCCACAAUGCAAUCUCCCACUGCUGCCUGGCUGGCAAAGUCAAUGAGCCUCAGAAGAACCAGAUCCUAGAGGAGUUGGAGAAGUGCGAGUCCAACCACCUGAUGAUCCUGUUUCGGGACGGUGGCUGCCAGUUCCGGGCACUCUACUCGUACUUCCCCGACACCGAAGAGAUCCAGAAGCUGACAGGAACAGGACCCAAGAGCAUCAGCAAGAAGAUGAUCGACAAGCUGUACAAGUACAGCUCAGACCGAAAGCAGUUCACCGUCAUCCCCGCCAAGACUGUGUCAGUCAGCGUGGACGCCCUGACCAUCCACAACCACCUGUGGCAGGCCAAGAGAGGUGCUGUGCCAAAGAAAAGCGGGAAAUAGCAGAGAGCCAGAUUUUAAACCCUCUGUCAUCCAAAUCAUCUUAUGCCCAUCUUGCUUGUUUCCUGAACUGACUGCAUUGAUUGACGCCCACAGCCAAGCUCAUCGCCGUGAAACCUACUCGGGAGAGGACACAUUUAUGGACAUGUGGUCCUCUGUAGGUGGACCCAGGCAGAAACAAGGGAAAAGGUGUGUCUGUGUGUAUGUGUGUGUGUGUGUGUGUGUGUCACAGGUGGCCUGAGGGACUGGUGCUUGCAACAAAAAGAGGAAUGCCGGCUUCUUCCCCCUGUGAUCUCAGUGCGAUCUGUUCGGGUUGCUUUCGCCCCGGCUCCCGUUUUACUACGACGACCACGACUCAAGCAUAUGGCAUUUUCUUUUCCUCUCUGUCUCUCAUUUGUGGUGGAUGUUCAUUUUUUACAUGAAGUAUUUAUUAGUUCAGCACUGUCAUGGUCGAGAGCUCAGCUGCAGCACUAAAGUCCUUCCUUCUUCGGACAAAUUUGGACAAAAGGAAGGGACGCCGGGGGAACUCUGUCGCUCUUUUCAGAAAAUCCGAAAACAAGGGACCUUUGUACAACCCUUUAGGACUGCCAGACUGCUCUGCUGUCCCAACACUAAACAACAAUCUCUUCCUGCGUGGACUGUCGAAUCUGUCGAAUCAGGCUGGCAUUACCGAUUUUGCCUCACCAGGGAUCUCCAAAAAACAAACCUGCUGCUCUGAACUGUCUUCUUCUUUUGUCACAGGGGAGCUCCUCAGGUCUCCCCCAGACAUCUGUUGGCCUUUCAUGCAUCGUGGUACUAUCUAUUUAUUCAACCGCUUUUUAAUCUAGACGCUGAUCGUGUAGCACUGGAUAUGUGUAUAGCAAAAAAGUAAAAAACAAAAAGAAAAAAAAAAAGUUGACGGUCAUUUUAAAUACUUUUAUUUGUUAAAACAUCCUUUUUCUGGAGGGUGUCAAAAGAGGGUGAAUGAUAGGUUUUGGUACAGAAAUUAUGCUUUUUUUUGGUUUUGUUUCAGCUUAUUUUUUAAAUAUUAUUUUAUUAUGAUUAAAGCGAUGUGGUAUAGAGUCUGAGCUGAUGUUAUGUGUUUUCAUCAUAACGGGAAUUCUCUGAUGUUUAGAGCUUAGUUGUGUUUUCUCUCUCCACUGGGCACUCUUGGAUUGUCCUGUAUAAAGGUGCACUCAUGAACACUUGUCGACGGCUUCUUUCAUGCAAUGUAACUCCUCCCCUCCUUAAAUGCCCCCUCUCCUUCCCCUCCCUGAGUGUUUUUGUCGGCCUGUCCCAUCUUUAACCACGAGAGCGGCACACACAUACACACGCACACACACACACACACUCUUGUUGUUGAAGGGUGUUUUCGUGCCGCUCUGUAACCGCUUCGAAUGACAGUAUUUGAUAUAUUCACAAAGGGGUUUGUGUGUGCGGGCGGGUGGGGGACUGUGGUUCAGUUAUGUACCAACAUUAAAGAACAUUCCUCCAAGGUGUUGACAAACACUGCCACGUCGUCUCUUCUCUCUGUCAUUAAAAAAAAAUAAAAAAAUAAUCAAAGUGCUUUUUUAGAAACCGUUUGUUGGCCUCGAGAACAACCAGAAGUGUUGCACGAGCACUUUACUUUCUGUUUGUUGGGGAGUUUUACAUUCUGAACGGGCAUAAAAACUAAUUGAUACUGCUGUUAAAACUAAAACCAAACACUAAGAUUUAGUACUGACAUGUAACGCUGACGGGCCUCCGCUGAUAUGAUACUACUGCAGUCUCCAAAAACAACAGAAUACUUGAUUUCUCAUUUGCUGCAUUUGUUUUUGGGUGGAGGAGGUGGCAGAUCUUUAAUUGUAUGCCAGUGUAUUUUUGUUAACUAAAAGAUUGUAUUGGCAUUUUGGUCACCAUUUUUUUGUUACACUAGUGUACUUUUCAUCCUUGUUGAUUUUAUCUUUGAUCCCAUGCCAUCUAUUUAUUUUAAAAAUGGAAGCACUGAAACAGAAUAAAUUUUCAAGUGAAUAAAAGUCACAUUUUUUCAUUUUUA